GGUAUUUGGCACAUGUAUGUCUCUUGCGUUACAAUGUGAAGGUCAGUCAAGGGAUUUUGCGGAACCCAGGAGUCCGGAGUUUGUGACAAACAUGGGUGGUACUAACAGUCAUCCCGGGGUGAAUUCAAACCAAACUCAACUAAAAACCUAUAAAGGAUUUGAAUGUUAUAAUGAUAGGCAAGUUAUUUCCAAGGAAUCAUUUCGGAAUAAAUUCAAUCCAUGUUUCUACGAAUUAGCUGGUCUUCUCUGGGAUUAUUUCAGCUAUGAUAACCAUAACAGUGAUAACUGCCUAAGUAUCAAAGAAUAUGAAAACAUAAUUGACUGCUUAUCUUCUUCACAAGAGAAACUAACUAUAUUUAUAAAUUUAUUCAAAAGGCAUACAUUAAGUGAACUGGAUAUCAGGGCGCUAUUUAAGUGGUUUACAUUGGGAAGAAACUUACAAUCGGGUACAUGGCAGUUGAUACUUAAUUUUAUAUUGCCUUCAAAUAAGGAUGGUUUAUACAAGUGUGAUGAAGUGAUCAGCUGUUUGAAUCGUAAAUGUCAAGAUGUUUGUAAUGACUUGGUAACUAUACUGUUACAAUGUUUAAAUGAUAAUCAAUCAUUUGAUUUGGUAGACUUUAAUCCAUACACUCAUUUUGGUACAAUUCUAACACCGGACCUGUUGUGGCUUUUGUCCACUUGUUUAACCUAUCCAUACAAACGUGCACCAAAAACUUGUCUUUUGCUUACAAAACCAUUAGAAUGUGAGCAAUUAUCACAUUUACACUGUUUGUAUAACAGUACAAGUCAUGGUAUGAGUUUGACCAGAUUAUUAGAAUUGACAUUCGAUUACAAUGGACCAGUUAUUGUACUACUGAAAGCUAAAGAAUUUCUAUUCUGUUUACUAUCUGAUCAAGGUUUGAAAGAGUCAUUGAAACCUUUUGGUGGAGACAAUUCAUUUUUAUAUCAAAUUGAACCAACAUUUAGUCGACUUGUCUACAAUUUAGUUGGUGAUUGAAGGGGAGGAGGAGGAGGAGGAAAGCCUGUUGACCGUAUCAGAAACCUAACCAAUAACUUCCAGUUCAUUAAUUCAUAGUUGAGCUGCCUCACUUGGUUUCAGUUCAACUUCAACUGAAUAGUAACAUCUGGUAAAUUAGGUUCAGAUUCAGGCAUAGUUUAUGCAAAUUUUACAACAAAAACUUCAAAACGUGGUCUUCUUGUUGGACAUCAACCGCUUUUGUCACCUGUUAUUGAAAUAUCUGAAGAUUUUAAUGAAUUGAUAUUUAAUUCUGGUCUACCUUUACGACUAAGUUCAGUUGAAGUUUGGGCAGCUGGUUCUGAUGAUCAUAUAUUGAAAUUGAAGGAUCAAAAAGCCUGGGAAUCUAAAGAGGUGACCAAAGCUAAAGAAAGAAAACUGAAAAAUGAAUCAUGGCAGGAUUCUGGUGAUCGUUACUUACUAGAAUUGGAUGGAAGGAAAGUACAUCAUUCUGAUAUGGUGGAACCAUCUUGAUAUUAAUAUCCUCCACUUUAACACAAUCUCUUAUGUAGUACUUAUCGAAAUGCAUAAUAAUAACAACAGAACUAGUCAUUGUGAUCGAAAUCACUUUAUUUAUGCAUAAAUUAAUGUUUCGUUAUGUGAAACCUUCAAUAAGUAUGUUGUGUAGUAUCAAGUAUCUCUUAUAUAUUUUCAUUUACAUAUUUUCUUUUAUCUUCUAUUUUAUACAAAAUUACUUUAAACUCUUCUUCUCAUUUUGUUUUAUUAAAUUUGUUUUGACCUUGAACGUAUUUCGUUUGAAAAAAUUGAUUUUUACUUCAUUCCUUAACCUUUUACUAUGAAGUAUAUAUUAUUUAGUGGUAGUAUUUAUCAAUAUUGAAAAUCAGAUGGUCAGAAAGAAUAAGUAACAAGGAACUCUGGCCUGACAACGAACCAAUCAAGAACGUACCGCCCAACAAAUAUGCAGAAGAAAGUCGAGAUGGAUUGGAUUGGACAUACACUGAGAAGACCGUUUAGGGACAUCAUGCACCACUCCAGGCCGGGCCUUUGAGUGGUGCUCGCAUGGGAGAUGAGUUUGGCGUCUGAGGCGAGGGUGACAUGAAGGAGAUUGUGUGGGGGAAAAACUGAAAGCUUAUGGGCAGUGGUGUAGCCAGGCUGAAAAGACUGCAGAGAAGAGAGUGAAAUGGUGACGUGCUACUGAAGCCUUAUGUUAUACUAGGAGUCCAAGAGACAAAUAAUAAUAAAUAAUUCGACAUGGAUUGACUUUAGUUGGCGAACCACUGAAAACCUGGGAGAAUUGAACAACUGUUUCGUCCCAGUAUGAGACUUCUCAGCAGUGCUCAUCUACCACUUCACCUCACCAGGAGUCGAAAUCAGGUCCAUCAAGUCUCAUGAAGAACGCGUUACGCACUUAGCUACCAGGUUGAAAUUCAAUUAUCCAUAGCUUCCUACGCCUGUCGAUUUGCGAUAUUGUGCAACUAUCCGCUUAGGUCUUCAAUUGGUAUCCGCUUCGUUUCCAACCGGUUGACCCCACAAAUCACGACUUUUCAUUAGAACUUUACGAUAUCCAUCUAGAAGCAUGUCACUCAUGAGGACUUUAAAGUAAUUUACUUUGAGGUUCAUCGCCGCCUUGAUAUUGAUAUGUAACAAUAAGUGUUACCUACCGGUCAACAUUUUAAAAUUCGACACUGUUCUCUUGAUUACCUUAACUUAGCUAACAAGAUAUUAAAGGCUGUUGUAGAUUCCUUUAUCUAUAUAUAUUCAACAAUGUGUUCAUUUCUCUAGUAGAAGAGUUCGCAUGGAAUUUCGUUUGCAUGUAUUUCCUUUGAACUGCAAUCCUUCCUUUUUGUCUUAGUCUUGAAUACAAUAGUCUCAGAUGGCUUCCAUCACAUAUCAUGCUGACAAGAUAAACGAUUUGUCAUUAUCUUGAACAUUAUUAUAUUAUUUCAUUAUUAUUUGUCUUUAGGGUUCCUAGUGGAGCAUAGUGCUUCAAUAGCACGUCACAUUUCACUCUCCUGUCUGCAAUCUUCCCAACCUGGCUGACACCACUGCUCACAAGCCUUCAUUUCUUCCUCACACCAUCUCCUCCAUGUCACCCUCACUUCGAAAGACCAACUCGGUGGUGGUAUAAUACAAGCAAUUACACUAAAGAUAUCUUAGUUGUUUGUUUGGCUUCGUAUUAUUCGUCAUCAUCAGUACAUUGAGUGAUUACUGUCACUUUCACUUGUAUUAUUGUGUUUCGUGCGUUAUUUACUUCAUUAACUAUGAGAUUAAAAGGUUAUAACAGAUUGACCGUCUAAAUUGAAAAACUUACAGUAAUCUGAGAACCUCUUGACUAAGUUGACAUGCUCUUUUACUGGUAAAGGUCUACUGAAUGUGCGUGUUUGGUUCCAAACAAAAGUAUCUGAUACAGGAAAGAUGUUUUUCCAUUGUAGAUCAGUUUAGUUGAUAGAGUAUUGAUUACAAAUUAAUCACGCCACUAAAUUAUUCGUUUUUUAAGGUUACGAAAGUUUGUGAUUAAGUUGACAGAAUUAUUAUUAUAAUUAUAUUAUUUCUCCUUUAGGUUCAUAGUGGAGCAUAGGGCUUCAGUAGCACGUCAUCAUUGCACUCUCUUCUCCGCAGUAUUUCCAACCUGGCUGACACCACUGCCCACAAGCUUUCAUUGCUUCCUCACACCAUUUCCUCCAUGUCACCCUCACCUCGAACGAUCAACUCGUCGUUUCCCAUUUGGCUUCCACUCGACGGCCUAGCCUGACUCGGCACGUGAUGUCCUCAAACGGUGAUCUCAAUGAAUCCCCAAUCCAAUCCAAUUCAAUCCAUCUCCACUUUCUUCUGCAUAUUUGUUGGGCGGUGGAUUCUUGCUUCAUUGAUUCGUUGCCAGUCAGCCAGCCAACCAGAGUUGCUUGUUGCUUAUUCUUACUAUUCUGGUCAUCCAAUGAUCUUCAGUAUCGAGUGAGCGUAGGUGGUAGUUGUUGAUGAUGUAUGUCUGCAGCUUGUUCGAAAUGCUUUUCAUAACGCGCCAACCCUCUCAACCAUCACAUAGAAGCACUGACUGACAGUAGUGUUGAAAAUCCGGAUGUUGUUGACGCUCUAUGCUGAGUGCAGUGCAGUACAGUGCAGUAGAUGUUCACAUUGAUUUCACAUUAAUGAAGGAAGGUCUGUCUUGCUGUUUUUUUUUCAAUCGUGGCUUUCACAUCCUCAUCUGUGCCGCCACCGCCACCGCCACCUGUAGUUGGAACGAUGCUGCGUUGCCUAGGUAGGUGAAAUAGACAACUUUGGAUUUCUCUCGUUGAUGGUGAUUGGUGCUCGUUGUUGUUGUUGUUGUCGUCGUCGUUGUUGGUUUGGUAUCUUGACCACCUCUGUUUUCUCUACGUUCACCUGAAGGAAGUGCCGUGUUCGUUCGCUGUCUUGCUUCUUCUGCCAACUUGUUAUUUUCCGCCUGUAGAUCUUUGAGUUUGUGCUACAAGACAUUGGACAUGAAUGAUCAUCGGGGAUAUCCAAAUAUUUUAGGGUAUAGUACUAUGAAAUUAGACGCCAUACCGAAUAAACUCAUCCAAUGUGGAAUUAUGCUCGACCACAUUGCCGAAGUUUUAUACCUAAAUUUUUUGUUGAAUUCUUGCAAAUAAAUAUUUCAGAAUAUGAUAGUUUUCCAUCUUGUUCCUUGAGAUGAGAAGAUGCUCGAUAUCAGCUGAUAGCAACUAAUUAUCCAUCCGGUCAGAGUAAGUUUUUUCUCCAGUGCCUGUUAAUUUUUCCCUUUUUAGAGCCCUGAACACCUUCCGUCGUUGAAACAUCAACCUUAAUUAGCUAUAGCUAUUCCCGAUUCCAUCUCUGAAGUGAGUUCGUUGAUUGAAUGACUAAAAUUUAUGUCACAAGUGUUGCUUUCGGUUAAAAGUGUUGUUACAGUAGAUGUUCGCAAGUUUUCGGAUGAGCUCUAUCAGAUCACUUGUCUCACGUAAUGUGAAGAAUUUCUCUUGAAAACGACUCAAAUAAGAGUGAAUCAGGUCAACUAUGAAAUGUAUUGAAACACUCAUUGGGUUACUAAGUUCUGAAAAUCCAAAUGGCUGUCACUUAGCGUGGUAGUUUUUUAAUUUGGAGCUCUAUUGUUCAAUAUACUUAGUUUUAUGAGCACGUUUUGUACUUCUUACGAAACAAUUUCAUCAAACAUUCUGCAAAAUGACUUUCGAGUUUAUUCAACGAAUAGUCGGGAAAUGAACUGAAUCAUUAAAUUAUAUUUCAUUAUAUACCACUUCUCAGUGGUGUUUAAGACCAAUCUCUGUUAGAUCUUUAGCGAAAAGGUAACAGUUUGUGAUACCCCUCCAAAUCUUGAGUUGUACACGUAGCUCUAGCCUAGGUGUGAAAACUACAUAAAUAUUAUUUUUCUGAAGUUUUAAAUUUUAAAGUGUUUCUUCUUGGCAUUUUUCACAUUUUGUACAAUUUUCUCAAUAUCAGUAAGAUUCUAAUUCUUUUAUCUGCUCUGCUCAACUUCUCAUGGUCACCCGUUGUGAUAGAUUGCUUUUGGAAAUUUCCACUAGAUACUCACCUUCUCUUUACAAAUUUUUUUAAUAAUCUACUCAAUGACAAUACUGCUCAAGUUUUAUCUUCAUCACAUCGUUCGACUUUUUAAAUUGGUUUGUAGCGACUAAAUUUGUAGCUGUACCUAAUAUCAGUAUUUUCG